CACAGGAUGAGGAACAGGCAGGAUACACCGGCUCAUCAUCACAUGAAGCCAAGGCACAGGAGUGUGGUAGAAUAAUGAUGCUACAGGAGCAGAAUGAAGGUCUGCAAAACAGUUUGCUAAAGACAGCAGUAAGGAUGGAGUGUUUAGGAGAAGAAUUUAUGAGCAGCCAAAAGCUGCUAGAGACAGAGCUUCAGAGGACACGUGUGGACCUUAGCAACCUCAUGGAAAAGUUCAAAAGACUACAUGAUAACUAUUCCUCCACACAACAGACCAAUAAUCUUCUAGAGCAAAAGCUUCAUUCAGUGGCUCAGAGUAUGGAGGAGGAACGUGAGAGUUUGAACCAACGCAUUUCAGCACUAACAGAGCAGCUUGCAAAGACCAAAUUCACCACAAACAUGGAACCUCCUAAUGCAACAUCAGUGCUGCACAAAACUGUUGAUCAUCAUUUCCAGUCAGAUGAUGCCAUCAAUCAGUUUGUGCUCCCCAUUGCUCCGCCUCCAGCUCAGUUCAUGGAUGGUCUGAACUAUGAAAAGGUCAAAUCACUUGGGCAGGAGCAAUCUCUGGGUUCAGUUCCAGAGGAGGAGGAAUCUGACUGGUCAGAGAUGGGUGACGAAAUCCCACAAUUUAUACUGACAGGGUCGAAUAGAAGUCAUGCAAAAACUGUGACAUUUGCCACCUGGAGACACGAGGAGAGAGAAGGGGACGUAGACAGUGAGUCAGGGGGAGAGGAAAUCGUCAGACAAUACCCACCACGUUCACUGCAGAUACCUCAUCUCCAGUUCACCGUCCACAGUGACAUUUUACCAGUCCCUCUGACUAAUACUCUCCCUGUCGGUUUCAAAAACCUGUCUGACAGAAUGAUGGGUGACGGUGGUUACAGGGUCGCCGCAAGUCAAAAACUUGGUUCACCCAUCCUCAUCCGGUCAGCAAGCCUGGAGGAAAUUCCUCUGAAGCACCAGCACAUGCAGGAGGAGCUGCGAGGCAUGGAGGCCGUGAUGGACCUCCACCACGCAGAGGACGAAGCUAUCGAGGAUUCAGAUAAUGAGAUCAUUCAUCACUGGAGGGCGGGCAGUGACAGCGACGCAGCGAUGGGGAGACCUCCAGAAAGCAGAUCAUCAGAGUCAGAUCGCAGCCUGGCUGGCCUGCAGUCGGCCCAGAGGAUGCUUAACCACUUCAUAUGUGAACUGCAGCCCACUGAGGGAACCGGUCAAGACAGGGUUGAGGUGAAAGGCUGGACAGGAGGGCUUCCAGAGGCGGUGUUAAAAGGAGAGCGAACAGAGCUGUGACAGUAAAAUGUACGCAUGGUUCAAUGUUAAUGAUGUCACCAUUUUUCACCCAGGGAAGGUCAGCUGAGCCUCACUUUCACACACAUGCAAACACCUUCACACACCUGGGAGCUGCUCACAGUCUUGUGCUGCUGGACACUGAGCAGCUCCACUGCAACCAUUUGGCAGUCAAAUGUUUUGCUCAAGGACACUUCACUAGUGGUCUGGCACACCCCAUUACAGUUUAAGAUCAAACUGGCUGUGAUUGACAGACUGUCACUAAAUAACCCACGCUAAACAACACAUUGAGCUGCAUCACUAGUUUUUUGUAGCUGCAAGACAAUAAUCAGCAAACUGUUGUGAUGGUAUGUAACGUGUGUCAGUCAUACUCAGUUUAGUGGCCAGGCUGUUUUCUCAUGAAUAUAUGCAGCACACAUUUGCAGUUUAAACAAGGCUGAUAUGAACUAAGAACAACACAACCAUCCCUGAACGGCAGGGAUGGAAAAAUCAGUGGGCCCUGUACUGUAAAAUGAGUGGUAUAAAAUCCAAUGAAUAAAGUUAACAGAUCAGAGUUUAGUUUAGUUUUUUUUCUUGAUUUACAGUUAGUAAUGUAGUUGUAUAGUUGUACCAAGUUCUAAGUUGAAGAUUUUACCUUUAAAAGUUGAUAUUGGCAUUGAUUUCUCAAAAUGUAUAGUUAGGGUUAGAAAUCUGGCACUUGGUUGUUGUAGUU